GAGGAGGUUUCGUGGGAAGGACCAGGGGCUGGGAGUGUCUCCCUGGGCUCAGGGUUGGCACCUUGGACCUGGCGGCACCACCCACGCCCACAGGGAGCAGAGCCUCCAAGCGGGCGUGCUGGCUGCUCGAGCUCAGGCAUCGCCCUCUGUUCCUGCCGAGAGCGAGCCGGGGAAGCAGAAGUGGACACAGCAACCGGGAGGGGUGGGCCAAUCUCAAAACUCACUGGACCCAGGCGUUCUUCUCCCCAACGCCAAGGAUGAGGAGCUGUUGUUGGGGGCCCCUCGGGGUCACGUUUCUGUGUUUUGUGAUCCACGCCCGAGGUCAAGACGACUUUAAUUUGGCCGACGCCCUCGAUGACCCUGAACCCACCAAGAAGCCAAGCUCAGAUAUCUACCCGAGGCCAAAGCCACCACCGCCUCGUCCACAGCCCGGCCAUUCCGACAACAGUGGAGGUUACUUCAAUGACGGGAACCACGAUGACGGCCGCUACCCGCCCAGGCCCAGGCCACCAGCAGAUAUCUACCCAAAGCCGAAACCCCCCUUUCACCCGCAGCCUGGAAACCCCGACAGCGGCGGAACGUUGAUGGGCCCCUGCCUGGUACCGGGGGCCCGGUAA